CAUAUAAGAUAUAAAACAUCAAAAAUGAUAAGAGGGUUCGCACACGAUUAUAAAAGUCGCUUUGUCCCUUUAUAUUACCAGUUAACGAUUAAUUAAGCACCAAGAGCAAAUACAGAGGAAGAAGUAAAUCAACGUUCGUUUUUCAUCAUGAAAGGAGAGAUUGCGAUAAUAGUCGCGUUUGCGGCUGUCAUGGUUACGGCCUAUUACCCUGGAGACACACCAAUACUGCCGGUUCCAACGACCUGUCCAGAUGAGGACCCCCUAGAUCGAACGGUGCAUUUGGCACAUUAUGAUUGCGAAAAAUUUUACAAAUGCUUAGCCGGGGAAAAGAUUGAAAUGACAUGCCCACUCAUGGACAGAACACGAAGAUUGCACUUCAACAAAAUCUUACAAGUUUGCGAUUACCCGUCAAGAGCCGGUUGUAUCGGAUCUGUAACUCCAUCGACGCAAACGCCACCGACACAACCUCCACCGACGCAGACGCCGCCGAUUCCGAUGCCUACAACCUGCCUGAAUGUCCCAAAUAACACAUUGAUCCCACACGAGAAACGUUGCCACUUGUACUACAGGUGUAACGGUAAAGGGCAAGGUCGUCUCGAAAGAUGCGAAGAAGGAUAUACUUACAAUCCGAUAGAACAUAUAUGCGAUAAGUCUGGCAUAUGCUUACUCACAGAUAUUUGCAAGGAUUACAGAGAUGUAAACGAGGUAUAUAUCGCCGAUCCUGUGUCCUGCCAAUCCGUUUAUGUUUGUAACGAAAUAGAUACGGUGAAAUUGUAUUGCGGAAACGGCUCAGAAUGGAGCAAAGAACAAAAGAAGUGUUUGCCAGCUAAUCAGGCAAAUUGUAAGGUGUAAUUAGAACCGACAUAUUUGUCCAACUUGUACAUCUUAGAAUAAGGCAUAUUCUGUAUUUAAUGUUUUAUUCGUCGAUUAUUUCUCAUAUAACUUAUUAAAUGUUCCACGUUCGCUCUUACAACGUUUGAUUUAAUACAAUAUUUUCGAUAUGAAUAAAUAUUGUACAGGCAUCAUA